AAGCUAAGCUUCAUUAUACCUAUUCUUUCGAGGUUCGACAGGUUCGACGACGCCAACUUGUUAUAGCUUGAGAAUCCAUCGAAAAUACAUUUAUCCAACAUACGGCUCAAUAUAGAGCAUACUCAACUACCAUGGUUGAAUCAGAAAUCGCGCCCAAGUUCGCGCCCUUUGUCGGCAUGGCCGGCAUUGCGGCUGCCAUGAUCUUUGGCUGCAUUGGAGCAGCAUACGGAACCGCGAAAUCAGGAAUCGGUAUCGCAGGUGUGGGCACAUUCAGGCCAGACCUGAUCAUGAAGUGUCUGAUCCCCGUCGUCAUGUCCGGAAUUAUCGCCGUUUACUCGCUCGUCGUAUCCGUCCUGAUCGCCGAAGACUUGAACCCUCCAUCGCAAUCGAGUUAUAGUUUGUUCAGUGGCUUUCUGCACUUGGGAUGUGGUCUAGCUGUCGGAUUCACAGGACUUGCGGCUGGAUACUGUAUUGGUGUCGUUGGUGACAAAGGUGUUCGCGCGUACAUGGAACAGUCCAGGAUAUUCGUCGGCAUGGUUCUAAUCCUCAUUUUCGGAGAAGUCUUGGGUCUCUACGGUCUUAUUGUCGCACUUAUCCUCAACACCAAGAGCAAGGGCUAGAUCACUCGAAUACGGAUACUACGAUCACUCACAAUGGCCAUUAAAUGUUCAUAUGAAGGAGCAUAACAUAAGCCCGAUCUGUAAGGGCAUACUGUAAUCCAUAGCUGCAUGAUCAACGGCGUUUUAUGGGUAUGUAGAACUAAGGGUAAACUAUUAGAACCGUUGACGGUUGGCAGGUUAAUGUCCGGCCAGAUGAGUUGGCCAGGACCUCUGUUGGUGUAUGAGACAACUCAAGAGAUCGAAUUAUGGAAUCAUCUUCAAAUCAAAAUCCAUUAUAACUAAGUUCAUUGAAAUUGUGUUAAAUUCAUAAUGCUAAACAAGAGUCGGCUAGCUACAGUACAGCGAAGCCAAAAGGAAUGGUGAAG